AUGUCUUACAAUUCUGUUCCGGGUGUUACGAUUCUUGCCCCGGUGAAUGAUAUUCAAGCUCAAAUACUAUCUUCUGGAGCUCUUGAGUUUCUUGCAAAACUUCAUAGGGCGUUUAAUCCUACUAGGAAAACUUUACUUCAACGUCGAGCUCUUCGACAACAAGAGCUAGACCGUGGCGUUCUUCCUGACUUUUUACCAGAAACUGCUCACAUAAGAGACGAUGACACUUGGCGCGGUGCUUAUCCUGCACCUGGAUUGGUUGAUAGGCGCGUUGAAAUCACUGGACCAGUUGAUAGAAAGAUGGUUAUCAAUGCCUUAAACUGCGGUUCUUCUACUUAUAUGGCAGAUUUUGAGGAUUCCAAUGCACCAACAUGGGAGAAUAAUAUUGAUGGUCAAGUAAAUUUACGUGAUGCCAUUCGUGGAACAAUAACUUAUACUAAUCCUUCAAACAACAAGAAAUAUUCUUUACGUAAAGAUGGUAAAGUUGCUACCUUGAUCGUGCGUCCUCGUGGUUGGCAUCUAGAUGAAAAACAUGUCUUAAUCGAUGGUACACCUACAUCCGCCUCAAUUUUUGAUUUCGCUUUAUACUUCUAUAAUAAUGCAAGGAAAUUAAUUGAAAACGGUAUCGGGCCUUAUUUUUACUUGCCAAAGAUGGAAUCUCACUUAGAAGCAAGGUUAUGGAAUGAUAUUUUUAAUGUAGCACAAGAUCUUCUUGGUAUUCCUCGUGGUACUAUUCGUGCCACUGUUUUAAUUGAAACAAUUCUUGCUGCAUAUGAAAUGGAUGAAAUUAUUUAUGAACUUCGUGAACACUCUUCUGGCCUCAAUUGUGGUCGAUGGGAUUAUAUUUUUUCCGUUAUUAAAAAAUUCCGUCACAACCCUAAUUUUGUCCUUCCGGAUCGUGCUGAUGUUACUAUGACAACUCCAUUCAUGGAUGCCUAUGUUCGGCUGCUUAUCAAAACAUGCCAUCGUCGUGGAGUUCACGCUAUGGGCGGUAUGGCUGCUCAGAUUCCGAUUAAAAACGAUCCUAAAGCGAAUUCUGCAGCCAUUGAGAAAGUUAGAGCUGACAAAUUACGUGAAGUUAAAGCUGGUCAUGACGGUACUUGGGUUGCUCAUCCAGACUUGGUAAAGGUUGCUAUGGAAGUUUUUAAUGAAAAUUUAAAAACUCCAAAUCAAAUUUUUGUACGACGUGAUGAUGUUAAUGUUACUGCUUUGGAUUUGCUUAACACGAAUGUUCGUGGUUCCAUCACUGAAAAUGGUAUUCGUAGCAAUAUAUCAGUUGGUCUUACUUAUAUUGAGUCAUGGCUUCGAGGGUUAGGAUGCGUACCUAUUAAUAAUCUUAUGGAAGACGCUGCUACCGCUGAAAUUUCACGAUCGCAAUUAUGGCAAUGGGCGAGACAUAAAUCUCGUACCGCUGAAGGCAAAACUGUCACUGCAGAAUAUUUACUUAAACUGCUUGAUGAGGAACUUGCAAAACUGGAAAGACAAUUAGGUCCUCAAAAAUUUGGUGAAAGUAAAUACGGAUUAGCAAAACGAUAUUUAGCAAGCCAAAUUACCGGCAAGGAAUAUUCCGAAUUUCUGACUACACUAUUGUAUGACGAAAUCACAAGUGUUUAUAAUAAGGCUAAACUUUAA